CGAGCUGUCUAUGUCUCAGCGACAGGAUGGUAUCCAUGUGCUGGGGCGACGGUCGGGAAUGGCUGGUGCAUAUCCCCAACGGCGGCCGCAGCAGGCAUCGGCGCGCGUGUCGUACGGCGGAUCGCCAGUUACAACAUGAAUCGAACGACGGUUACAACAAGGCACUUGGCACACAGACCGACAUGGGCAACGUGACUGCAUCGGUCGCCGGUGGCGCUGCAGCACUCAAGUCUGGAGCAUCUACAUCGGUGAAGCAACCUGCACCACUGACGGAGAAGCCUCCAGGAAAGGUGCCAGCCGCCCCAACUGACAAGCAGCUCUUGUUUAUCGAGGAUCAGGUGGCCCAGCGCGCCGAUUGGAAUGGCGAAAAUGUGCUUGUCUGCAUGAAGCGGCUCUUUGGGGGCUUGACCGAAUCUGAGUCUGAGUGUCGAAAACGACGGCAGAAAGUUGACAAAUUCGUGCCCGGCGUGCACAACUCGUUCACAUUCAAACUCAACGUGGACGGCACGACGGCUUUUGCGAGGAACCCGCGAGUAAUCGCGGCAGCCACGACCAUCUCGACGUUUCUCCGUCGUCGGAUGUACCGUGCUCGGUGGAAGCAAGCGGUGCUCGUCCUAGUCCACCGUCUCCGCGACGAGCAAAGGUUACAGCGCGAAGAGGCUGCGUUGGAGCACACGAUUUGUCGGUUCCGCGAGAUUCUCAAGGAAGGGUUCACCGCGUCCAAGGUGUCGGUGCACGGCAACCUCAAGACAAUUCAGCUUCGCCUUGUCAUCGACACAACGUUCGACGAAUGCUAUUUAACAUGGACGCCGUCCAAGAAGCGCGAUCCCCGCGUCAUGCUCCACGAGAUCGAGUCGGUCGUGCCUGCGAGGAAGGACAUGGAGACUGCCGCUGUUCCCGUGUAUCUCCUCCGCAAAGUCAGCUAUCGGAGAACGUUCGUCUUGUACAUUCGCACUGCACAUGCCAAGGGAAAGCCGCAGUUGCCUCGUCGGAUGAUCCUUCAAGUGUCCAACGCGAAAGAGCGUGACUUUUUUGUCAAAGGGUUUCAGCGCUACCUCGACAACAGGACAGGCGAAGGCUACAUGGACGCCGCGGGUGUGCCGCGCAUGGACACUCGACGGGCAGCGCUUUCGUACUUUAACCCGCCGGCGGUGUCCCCUCCAACCAACUCGUGUCAUCCACCGGCAAUGUCACGGCUCGAGGAGUUGGAAUUCAAAGAACACAAGCGAAUUCAACCCAAGCGGUCGUCACUGAUAAUCGUCGAGCCAGCAACAUCAUCUUCCAUCGACGUGUUAAGCGGUGACGAAGACUAUGAUGGCGAUACACCUGUGGGUCGUCAGCCCAAGCGCAUCUCGUCUCUAUCGUCCACCAGCCGUGCUAAUGGCACCGUCGAGGAAAAGUCCCCGGCGCCACUGCUCUCGCAUUUGUACUCGACACGAUACGACGACAUGGAUAUGAAAGCGGCCGAGGCAGCUUUAUCAUCGUCGCAGGCGCUGACGACGCAGCAAGUGCACAUGCUGGACGAAGAAGAGCACCUUAGUUCAGUCUUUGAUCGAAUGCUGGCAAGGCAGCAACAACGUUAGGAGUUAGUCGAAUUUGUUGGUGUUGACUGGGAACUGCCGACGCAGGGCGUCCAUGUGGGGCGGAUACAAUGGAACGAACGCGAGAUCCCA